UUUUAUAAAUGAUGCAUACAACUUGGUUUCGAACACUUCCUCAUUUGCUACUGUAAUAGAAAUAAAACAAAGUUAGAACAUACUGUGCUGCAUAUUUAUACAUCAACUAUCCACAAAUAAUACAAAACAUAUGAAAGAGAAAUAAAGACAUAAAACGUGAUGUUCAGUCAUUGUGAAAGUACCUACUUCUCAUUGUGGUGGAAUGUACACAGUUUGGAAAUCCUGCAGUUGUGGCCUACUAUAAAGAGACAUUUAACAGGGCUGUAGUGUCACUUCACCUCUGAUCCACAACAAUGCUCCGCAAGGGAAUUACAGAGAGUUUUGGAACUGCGAUCCACUCCCUCGGUGCCGCACAGCUGACUGGGACUGUGAUUAACAGGAGUAAAAGGAUGAUUCUGGACACUCUGGGGGUCGGGUUGAUCGGUACCAGGACAUCAGUUUUCAACAAGGUUCUGACUCACAGUCAGAUGUUCACAUCUGAAGAAAGGAGCAGUGUUUGGGGAAACUCUGACUUAUCUCUGCCUCCUCAGUUUGCUGCUUUUGUCAACGGUGUGGCUGUUCAUUCCAUGGACUUUGACGACACCUGGCACCCAGCUACUCACCCCUCAGGGGCCGUACUUCCAGCAGUGCUGGCCCUGGCAGAAACUCUGCCCAGUCGGCCCUCUGGUCUGGACCUGCUGCUGGCUUUUAAUAUUGGCAUUGAAGUUCAGGGCAGACUCAUGCGGUUUUCCACUGAGGCCUACAACAUCCCUGAGAGGUUCCAUCCUCCCAGUGUUGUGGGUGUGAUGGGGAGUGCCGCAGCCUCGGCAAAGCUCCUGGGUCUGACUCCUGCUCAGUGCUCUCAUGCUCUGGCCAUCGCCGCUUCCUCUGCUGGAGCUCCUCUGGCCAAUGCUGCCACACAAACCAAACCUCUUCAUGCCGGAAACGCAGCUCGCAAAGGUCUGGAGGCCGCCCAACUGGCCCACAUCGGACUAGAAGGGAACCCAGCCAUCCUGGAUAUUGACCGAGGGUUUGGGGUCUACUACAAAGACUACAGUCCUGAACCACUGGCUGACUCUUCCUCCAGUGGCUACAGAUGGAUCCUGGAUGAUCAAGCCGUAGCUGUGAAGCGAAUUCCUGCACAUCUGGGGAUGCACUGGGUUGUAGAUGCAGCCCUGAAUGCUCGCAGGAAGUUAGAAAACACUGUUAGGGGCUUCGACCUCAGCCAGAUCCGUAAAGUCACACUUCGAGUGCCUCCAUCUAAAUAUGUCAACUGUCCCACACCAACCUCAGAGCACCAGGCCAGACACUCCUUUCAGUUUAAUGCCUGCUCUGCUCUGCUGGACAACAAAGUCACAGUGGAGACCUUCAGUGAGGCCCAGAUGAAGAGGCCUGCACUGACAGAGCUCCUGUCCAAGGUGGAGAUGGAGACUCCUAAAGACAACCAGCCCAGCUUUGACAAGAUGUACUGUGAGGUUCAGAUAGAAACUCAUGACGGUCAGCUUUGUACUGCCAGGUGUGAUACCUUCUACGGCCACUGGAGGAAGCCACUGAGUAACAAGGACCUGGUGGAGAAAUUCAGUGUAAAUGCUUCUUCAGUGUUGAGCACACAGGGAGUGGAAGGAGUCAUUGAUGUGGUAGAAAACAUGGAGAAAGUCAGUGAAGCCUCCAUUUUGGGGUCUUUUUUGAGAAGGACCAGCAGUCCACUCUGUCAACUGCACCAAAUCAGAUAUUAAAGAGGUCAGGAUCAGGUCCUUAUGAGUAAAAAGUCUCUCGUUGUUGGGUAAUUCAGAUUUGCCAACUUUUGUCUGUUUGGGAAGAAAUUGCAGAAACUGUUAAGUGUUUAAAAAAUGGAUGCAAGAACAGCCCUAAUCCUUUGCUAACUUCUGCACCUGACACUGACAC